AUGGAUCUAACACACCCGCGCUCCGCUAACACAGGGCCAGUCCGGAUCUGCGUCUGCGGUGACGAAGGCACCGGCAAGUCCAGCCUCAUCACCUCGCUGGUCAAGGGUGUCUUCGUCACGAACAAGAUCCAGCCCGUUCUCCCACAGAUCACUAUUCCUCCUACCAUCGGAACCCCCGAAAAUGUCACCACCACCACCGUCGUCGACACGUCCGCCCUUCCACAGGAACGAACCAACCUCGCGCGCGAGAUUCGAAAGUCCAACGUGAUUCUCUUGGUGUACUCCGACCAUUAUAGCUACGAACGCGUCGCAUUGUUCUGGCUACCAUACUUUCGCUCGCUGGGUGUCAAUGUCCCGGUUGUGUUGUGCGCCAACAAGUCGGACCUCGCCGCAGGUCACAGCGAGGCACAGGUGGUUGAAGAGGAAAUGCUUCCUCUAAUGUCGGAAUUCAAGGAAAUCGAUUCUUGCAUUCGCACGAGUGCUCGUGAACACAGGAAUGUCAACGAGGCCUUUUUCGUCUGCCAAAAAGCCGUUACUCACCCUAUCGCCCCGUUGUUCGAUUCCAAGGAGGCUUCCCUCAAGCCUGCCGCCAUCGCUGCACUGCAGCGCAUCUUUUACCUCAGUGACAAAGACCGCGAUGGCUAUUUGUCGGACAAGGAAAUCGAAGAUUUCCAAACACGGUGCUUUGGAAAAUCCCUCAGCACAGAGGACUUGGCACAUAUCAAGGAAACCAUCCAACGGAACUUUCCGGAAUCGGUCAAUGAGUCUGGCAUCGACUGUCAAGGAUUUAUCCACUUGAACAAGCUUUAUGCGGAAAAAGGACGCCACGAGACCGUAUGGAUCAUCUUGCGAGCUUUCCAGUACACGGAUAACCUCUCGCUACAAGAGAACUUCCUGCAUCCCCGGUUCGAAGUACCCCCUUACGCAUCAGCGGAGUUAUCCCCCGAGGGAUACCGCUUUUUCGUGAAUCUCUUUCUGUUGUCGGACAAGGAUAAUGACGGAGGUCUGAAUGAUGCCGAGUUGACCUCCCUGUUUGCCCCAACCCCCGGAUUACCUGCAUCCUGGGCCGACGGAUCCUUUCCUUCAUCGACAGUUCGGAAUGAAGCAGGACAUGUCACACUUCAGGGAUGGCUGGCCCAAUGGAGUAUGACGACCUUCAUGUCCCCAAAGACAACGCUCGAGUAUCUGGCUUAUCUCGGCUUCGAGUCCUCCGAUCGAGGCAACCCUUCUAUCACUGCGGCAUUGAAGGUAACGCGGCCGCGAAAGAGAAGGAGACGCCCCGGGCGUGUCGGGCGAAAUGUUGUCCAGUGCCAUGUUUUGGGAGCACCCGGAUCUGGUAAAUCUGCUCUACUCGACGCCCUUUUAUCACGAGGAUUUAGCACCACAUACCAUCCAACUAUUCAGCCUCGCACAGGAGUCAAUACGGUUGAAUUACCCGGCGGAAAACAGUGCUACCUUAUCAUGGAUGAGCUUGGAGAACUGGAGCCUGCAAUUCUCGAGAACCAAGCGAAGUUGCUGGAUCAGUGCGAUGUGAUCGCCUACACAUAUGACUCGUCCGACCCCGACUCAUUUGCCUACAUCCCGGCGCUACGGGCGAAAUAUCCCCACCUGGAGGAGCUGCCCAGUGUAUUCAUUGCCCUCAAGGCUGAUCUAGACCGGACUACUCAGCGAGCGGAACAUCAGCCCCACGAGUAUACUGCCAUGUUGAACAUGCCCAGUCCUCCUCUUCAUGUUAGCGUGACCUGGAAUUCCAUCCAGGAAGUCUUUGUGCAUAUCGCGGAGGCUGCGAUGGAGCCAAGCACCGCAUUCCCGCGAAGCGAAGAAGAUGUGGAAGGGGAAUGGAUGUCGUGGGGCAUCGCUCUCGGGGCGGUAGUCUGCGCGGGGGCUGCUGCGGUAAUGAUCUGGCGCCGCGUCGGCAGUGGCGGCGGACCAUAG